AUGAUGAUGAAUAAGGUUCGAGUUCCGAGAGCUGGGGUUUGCUGCGGUGCGCGGGAUGGCCGGUACGUCAACGGGGGGCACUUUGAUGUCGUGUAUUUCAAGAAAAGCUUGUUUGAGCUUCCCACGUCGCCAGAUAAUGAAAUCUCUUCCGACUGCAAUCACCUCUUGUGGAACUACAAGCUGAACCUCACGACAGAUCCCAAGUUCGAAUCCGUGGCCAGAGAGGUCUGCAAGUCCACUAUUGCAGAGAUCAAGGAGUGUGCGGAUGAACCAGUUGGUAAAGGCUUCUUGGUGUCAUGUUUGGUGGAUCACCGAGGCAACAUCACUGAAUACCAGUGCCAUCAGUACAUCACUAAAAUGACAGCCAUUAUCUUCAGCGAUUAUCGGUUGAUCUGCGGCUUCAUGGAUGACUGCAAGGCUGACAUCAAUCUCCUGAAAUGCGGCAGCAUUCGACCCGGAGAAAAGGAUGCCCACUCGCAAGGAGAGGUGGUGGCGUGCCUGGAGAAAGGCCUGGUAAAAGAGGCGGAGGAGACGGAUCCUCGAAUUCAGGUUUCUGAUCAGUGCAAGAAAGCGAUUCUUCGGGUCGCCGAACUCUCCUCCGAUGACUUCCACCUGGACCGGCACCUCUACUUUGCAUGCCGAGAUGAUCGAGAACGGUUUUGUGAAAAUACUCAGGCUGGGGAAGGCCGAGUUUACAAGUGCCUCUUUAAUCACAAGUUUGAAGAAUCAAUGAGCGAAAAGUGUCGCGACGCACUGACCACCCGCCAGAAGCUGAUUGCCCAAGACUACAAAGUCAGUUACUCGCUGGCCAAGUCUUGUAAAAGUGACCUGAAGAAGUACCGCUGUAACGUGGAGAACCUUCCCCGGUCUCGGGAAGCCAGGCUUUCCUAUCUGUUGAUGUGCUUAGAGUCUGCUGUGCACAGAGGUCGACAAGUGAGCAGCGAGUGCCAGGGCGAGAUGCUGGAUUACCGGCGCAUGCUGAUGGAAGACUUCUCGCUCAGCCCGGAAAUCAUCCUGAGCUGCCGCGGGGAGAUCGAGCACCACUGCUCGGGUCUGCAUCGGAAGGGCCGCACCCUGCACUGCCUGAUGAAAGUGGUGCGGGGCGAGAAGGGAAACGUUGGCCUGAAUUGCCAGCAGGCG